UUUUCUUUCAAAAUCAGUCAGAAAAAACAAGCCCGGGAGUUCUCUUCUCCCACUGUCAUCUCUCACACAAAACACUGCGAGUUCCCUUUUCUCACUGUCGUGAAUUCUCUUUUCCCGGCAAAGCUCUCGUCGUCGGCGGCGAAACCCUUGUCGCAGUCAUUGAAUCCAAGCUCCUGGCGCUGGCGAAACCGUAUUGUGGCCGACGAAGCCCUAUUGUCGUCCCCAACAAAGGCUCAGACGAACCUCCCAAUGAAACCCUAUUAUAAAGCCGCUCUGAAGCUUUCAGUUGAGGUAACCCAUUCCUAAUCCACUAAAUAUCGCCUCUUCAUUGUUGUACAAACCACAUAAUGUCUCAAAUUGAAGUUUAUUUGGAAUGUGGAUUUGGGGCCAUUGAAGUUGAGAUAGUGAUUGGGUGGGGUGGUUUUGUUUGGAAGAAGGGGUUGGAUUCUUCACGACCAGGUCUAUCUGAAUCAGUUUGGCCAUAAGCUGUUUAUCGAGGCUGAGUAACAUGAGAUAAGUGAGUUUUCUGAUGAAGCAGAUUACUCUUCUUUUGGCAAAAAUGAUAGCAGUUGGACAAACUUAAAGAAGAGAAGGGACGAGGAUGAGGAGGCAGAGGAUAGAGAUGACUUGUGCAAUUUUAUUUUGCAAAACAAGCUAAUGGAAGAAUGAAUUUGUCUGAAGAAUGCCAUUUCAGAAAUCUCUUCACAAUUAUUUUUUCUUUUAAGUAACUUAUCAAUGCCUCACACUGGAUGUUGAAUCAUGUGAGUAAUAAUAGUAAUAGCUGCACAUUGCUGUUGUUCGUAGUGAGGCACUACUCUAGAAUUCAACCCCCAAGGCCUGUUUCUGUUAAACCAGUAAUCAGAGUAUCUAACAAUAUUGCUCGUCUGGAUGCUCCUAAAGAAGGUCCAAAACCCAGACAGCUGUUAUCAUUGCCUCCUUUUCCUGGUCACCCCUUGCCUGCCAAGAGCUCAAAUAGUGGUCCUGGACAACGUGAUUAUGUUACUGCCGUCAAUUGGAUUAAGUAUUACUUCAAGGGGACAUGGGGUUCAGUCAUUGAAUCCCAUUUCAGAGAGGGUCUUGUGCAAAUGGAGGGCCUAGUUGCUGCUGACUCUUAUACUCGGAAAGAAACUCUGAUGAAAUCCAUGCGAAAGAUUAGACCUAAUGAAGUGAUGGAACAUGGUGCCAGAGUUCACGUUCCUGUAUCAAUUGCUGAGACUAGGAUUUCCAAAAGAUAUGAUGCCAUUCCUUGUGGAACACUAUAUCCAAAUGCUGACGAAAUUAAGUAUCUGCAAAGGCUUGUGAUUUACAAGGACUCAGCUAUUAUUGUGCUUAAUAAACCUCCAAAGUUGCCGGUUAAGGGGAGUUUACCAGUUCACAAUAGCAUGGACGCAUUGGCAGCUGCUGCACUGUCCUAUGAUUAUGACGAGGGCCCUAAACUAGUUCACCGUCUUGACAGAGAGACCAGUGGCAUCCUUUUACUGGGGAGAACUAAAGAUAGUGCAUCUCAUCUCCAAUGGUUGUUCACUAACAUUAACAAUGCCAAAUCUUCUUGUAAGGCUUGGAAUGAUGCGUGUGAAGCUACGUAUCAGAGGUAUUGGGCAUUGGUCAUAGGGACUCCCAAGGAGAAGGAAGGCGUAAUUCAUGCUCCUCUUUCUAAGGUGCUUCUAAAUGAUGGGAAGACUGAGAGGAUAAUACUAGCUCACCAUUCAAGUGUAGAACCACGCCAAGAGGCUGUAACUGAGUAUCGGGUGCUUGGUCCAAAGAUAAAUGGAUGCUCGUGGGUGGAGCUACGUCCUCUUACUUACAGGAAACAUCAGUUGCGCGUCCAUUGUGCUGAAGCACUUGGCACACCAAUAGUGGGUGACUACAAGUAUGGUUGGUUUGUGCACAGCCGAUGGAAACAAAUGCCGCGAAUCGAUAUCGAGCCAACAACUGGAAAACCAUACAAGUUGCGUAGGCCAGAAGGCCUUGAUGUUCAGAAGGGAAGUGUUUUAUCGAAGGUUCCUUUAUUGCAUCUUCACUGCAGAGAACUUGUGCUCCCCAACAUAGCUAAGUUUCUACAAGUUUUGAACAAUAGUUCAGAAGAACUACACAGUUCACUCAGUCAGCAGCCUGAUGUUCUUCGAUUUGUGGCAACAAUGCCAUCCCAUAUGAGAAUUAGUUGGAAUCUUAUGUCAUCGUAUUUAGUCUGAACUUAAUUGCAUGAUGCAAUUUGUUAAUUAACUUAAGGGAAAAUAAAUGGUGUUCACUAGUAUUUAAUAGUUUAGGCAAAUGUAUACUUUGCUGUUCAAAAUUUCUGAUGUUACUAUAUCAUAGGUUGAAGUCCAAGUAAAUUGAAGUAACAUGCUGAAACUUCUUUGAUUUGUUAAAGUUCUCUUUUUGAUGAGUUGAAUAUAUCUGCUUCAGUGUA